CACAGACGAAUACUUAACAGAAAAAUGGUUCGAUUAAUUGCAGUAUUAUUGAUAACGUUGGCAGGCACUAAUGGUUACAAGAGGCCAUCAAGUAAAAGAUUGAAUGAAGAUGUCACAAGUGAAAAGUGGAUAAAUAAAUGUGCAUAUCAUACAGAAAGCACAUUGGAAAUUAAUCAUGAUUUAAUGGCAGCAAAAUCGGCGUGUGCAAGUGUGGGCCAGUGUUUGAACACAGAGAGUUUAAGAGUUGAUGUUAGAGCUGAAGAAUUUGUGAAGGGCUCCCUGGGAUGUAUGGAAGAUUUUUGCUCAAAGCUGAAGAAAGAAAUGACAAAGAAGAACAAACAGUAUGAUAGUGAAGUUUGUUGGAUGGCAAAAGGGUUGUCGAUUAUGUCGGAAACGUCAUAUUAAUAAAAUGUUAACAUUCCAUUAUGUUUUAUAAA